AUGCUGACCAAAACGACUCUCUUCUUUGCAGCAUGGAUCGCUCCAGCAUUAGCAUGGAACACAGAUGGUUUCAUGGCCGAGACCUUCUUCACGCCCAAGACCACAUCGAUCCUCUCCCAGAUCCUCGAGUCUCAGUACAACGAGUCAGUAGGCCGUGCCGCAGCAUGGGCGGACGGCUACGCGCAUACAGCCGAAGGACGCUUCUCGUACCAAUGGCAUUGGAUAGAUACUCACGACUGGGCGCCUGAUCACUGCAGUCUGGACUACAGCCAAGAUUGUGCGAAGGGUGGCUGCGUCGUGAGUGCCAUAGCAAACCAGACGGGUAUACUGAAGGAUUGCAUAACGCAAGUGAACAGUGGCGCACUGAGCGGAGGUACGAAUUUGACAUGCUCGUAUGCUCUCAAAUGGGUCGCGCACUUCCUAGGCGACAUACACCAGCCGCUACAUGCGUCUGGGCGAGCCGCGGGUGGGAACUUUUACAAAGCAGUAUUUGGCAAUAUUUCGACCGAGCUACAUGCUGUAUGGGAUGGCUAUAUUCCUUACUACGCGGCAAACGUCAGCAAGCCGUUCUCGACCCAAUCUCUCGACCCCUUCUUCUCCGAUCUCGUGUCACGCAUACGAAAGGACCUCUUCUACGAGGCACCGUACAUGUGGCUCGCUUGUAGCGACCCAACGACACCCGAGAAGUGCGCUGCAGGCUGGGCAGUAGAAAGCAACAGAUGGACUUGUGAUUAUGUUUACAAGUAUGCAAGUAACGGUACGGACCUGGGCACCAAUGGCUAUGCUUUCGGCGCGGUUCCAAUUAUAGAAUUACAGAUCAGCAAGGCAGCACUCAGAUUGGGAACAUGGCUGAACAAAUUGGUCGACGGUGUUCAGUCGGACGAAUAUGAGAUGCAGGAGCUCUAG